AUAUUUGAAGAUAUAGUAGUGAUAAAGGAAAAGAAACAAACAUUUAAAAACAACUUUUGGAUUAAAUAAACAUUUGUAUUUUCAGGUAAGAAUUACCACAGUGCAUGGUGCAUAAUGUGAGACCAGAAGUUGGGACGAAUAAUAUGACGGAAUAGAAUUACAAUUCAGCAAACGAGGCUGCAUUCUACAGCAAAUUAUAGAGGGUAAUAACAAUAUUAAUGUAGCAGUAGUGAAAUAGAUUUACAUGAGCAAUGCAAGCUGUAUGCAGAGUGAUCAUUACCUUGAUUACUCAAGGAGAAAUGAUCAAUUAAAGGUACGCUAAUUUGUGACGAGAGAUUGCAACAGGACACAUUGACAUUGGAAUACAUGCAUGUCGCAUGCUCUGUACACUAAACACUGACUUGGGACCAUUGGUUAAGAUUCACUUUUUAAAUACCAAUCAUAUAAGAUAAAAUGGUACUUUAAUUUGGACACUUUAUAUCUGUUCGAUUGAAGGGAGGACAUUCGUCUGAAUGGGAGACCUAACAGAAGCUGCAUAAGGAAUAUUCUCUUGAAAACAUAUAAAACUAACUUGGAAUCAAUGUGACAAAAUAGUAUUGCAUCAAUAAACAUUCAUAGCUUGGGCUCUUAAAUUCCACAAAGAAUAUAAAAGAAUUCAGAAGCUAUCUUCAGGAUCUUUUCCUCAGAUGAAAGCAGGAGAGAAUUAAAGAGAUGGAGUUCCCCAUAGAAGCAACAAUUGCCAUACUGCUCACUGCUCUAUUGGAUGGCUCACUUGGAAAAGACUGCAAGGUGACAGAGCAAGGUUCUGAGUAUGUAGGCACCCAUUCCCAUACAGCAUCAGGCAAACCAUGCCAGGCCUGGUCUAAACAAUAUCCCAAUGAACACAGAUUCACAAGUGAUAAAGACUAUCCUGACAAAACCAUCACAGCUGCCCAGAACUUUUGCCGCAAUCCUGACGAGAGGUGGUACCCAGGGCCUUGGUGUUACAUAAAUAGAAGAGGUGCUGACCCAGAGUGGGAAGAAUGUGGUCUCGAAAGAUGCGCUAAAAUCAACACACAGGGAGGUCCAGUGGCAGAGGGUUCCACAUGUACAUUCCCAUUCAAGUUCAAGGGUGAUAUCUAUCAUUACUGUAUUACAAGGAACAAUGGUGGCCAUCCAUGGUGCUCAACUAUUUACGAUUUUGACUCUGAUGUAACAAAAUGGGGUAAUUGUAUUGUUCAUGGAGCAUGGAGUUCAUGGUCAGAGUGGACAGAAGAAUGUAGUAGACUGAAGUCAGAAAUGAUGUGUAGAAAGACACGUAACCGCCGAUGUAACGACCCGUCUCCCGUUCUAGGUGGAAGGGCAUGUGUAGGAAAAACAUUUGAGGAGAUUAACUGCAAAUGGGUUGAAUGUUCAAAAGAAGCCCUGAUCAUCUUCGUAUGUGUUGGAUGUGUUGUUGGGAUAGGAAUGUUGAUAGCAAUAGGUAUCUGUAUAUACAGAGCACGAAGGGCCUGGCUCUUUAAACAAGGACAAACUACAACAUCUAAUAACACACAAAGACAAGAGGGGCAAAGACAAGGACCUGAACCUGUCAAUCUUCCACUCCUUCCAAGUGCUCCUCCUAUAAAUCAAGAGGGACCUCCUCCUUAUCACCAUAGUGACCCACAAAAUGGCCACAAAUCUGAAAAUGAGGCUGGUGAUCUCAGCAAACUGGAUCUAGCUGCAGAUAAUACACACAUUCCUAGCUCUAUAACUAUAGAGACUGCUCCAGGAGUUGAUGUAAGGGUACCUCCUUUUAUACACCCUGAUGCCCUUUUACAUGGUGCAGGACCUAACUAUAAUGCAAUCUCACCAAAUACUCAUUUACUAGCGACAUCUUUACAUCAACCUCCAAGUUAUUCAGACAUUUACAAACCAGAGCAUAACCAAGAACCAAAAUCUUAAUGAAUCCAUGAAUUAUGUAUCAAACCACAUUGUAUUAAGAAUCAUUUUGAUGGUAGUUAUUAAACAGUUAAUUUAUUCUAUCCACAAGAUUGAAUAGUUGAACAACUCUUAACAUAUCUUGGUCAAACUGUCCAUAAUAGCAAAUACUUUCUAGAAUUGCAAAUAUGUUUUUUAAUUGCUUAUACCGGUAUAUUGGGACUUUGAACAAUGU